CUUCUGGGCCGUGUUUGUUAGUUACCUUGAGAAAUUGGGUGAAAACUACCUGGCCGACCGACCAGGUUAUCCUGGUGGAAAAUGUGCGGUAUUUUUCACGUCAGGAGUUCUAGCAGUAGCAAGUGUUGCAAUGCACCGGCUAUAAUUGAUUCAUGCAUGUAUAUCUGGUCAGACCUAGUCUAGUGUUACCUGCCCCCGUCAAUACAGAUAUAACACUCCAGCACCAAACAGUGGGCACAUAUACAAGAAUGCUGUGAGGCCUUCCCCAGAGGCAAGCAGUCAGAUACUGAGGUGAAAAACCAAGAGAGAGGCUAUAACCCAGUAGGACAAGGAACAUACAAAGAUGGACCCAAAGCCUUGGGAGUCAGAUUUCAAAUCACGAUCAAGAACCGCUAGGCCGACAUCCUCUGAGCAAUCUUCCACCACACCAAAGUGGGGUGCUGGGUCAACAAGGUCAACAGGAUCAUCCUACCAGGACCCUGCUGCCACCCGCAGAUGGGGUGCCCCGCCCACAUCCACAAAGUCUGAUGAACCCCCUAAGCGUCGAUGGGGCCCAGGUUCUAUGCCCACACAAUCAGACGACUCUGGCUCAACUCCAAGAUGGGGAUCUGGCACAUCAUCAACAUCCUCAGCCCCAUCUGAGGAGACCCCAAGACGUAGGUGGGGAUCAGGAUCAACAAGGACAUCUGACACAACAUCAGCAACAUCAACAACACCUACGGAGGAGACCCCACGGCGCCGUUGGGGGCCAGCAUCAACACCUGCAGAUGAACCUUCAACACCUGGUACAGAAUCUAAAAGAGCAUCUGACUUUAAACCAAGGAGAUACAAAUCCUGGCGGGACCCUUCUCCAGAACCAUCUCCAGAACUGGAAGCCACUGAGGUGUCCUUGACCUUGCCGAGUGGAGAGUCAGAACCCAUUGUGGAAGCAUCAGAAGAGCCAGUAGAGGCUACCUUCACCUUGGAACCGGCUGUAUCAACCCUGGAGGCAGCGUUCAUUACUCCCAAACCAGAAGAGGAGGCACCCAAACUUGCUAAGUCAACUGAUGAAGCAUCAAAGUUGGCUGAAUCAAAACCAGAGCAGGUACUGGUACCAGAACCCGCACCCACACCAGAGCCAACACCAGCACCGGUGCAAGCACCGAAACCAGAACCUGUGGUGGCGCCUGUGGUAGCGCCUGUGUCAGCACCUGUGCCCAAGCCUGUACCAGAACCUAAGCCGAAACCUGAACAAGAGCCGAAGCCAAAGCCGAAACCUGUGCCAGAAUCUAAGCCGAAGUCAGUGCCAGAGCCGAAACCCAAAUCUGUGCCAGAACUUAAGCCAAAGUCUGUGCCGGAACCAAAGUUUAAGCCUGUAUCAGAACCGAAGCCGAAGUCGGUGCCGGAGCCCAAGCCAAAGCCUGCCGUGAAGACUGUGGCAGAUCCUGUGCCACAGGCUGUGCACAAACCUGUGCCACAAGCAGAGAAGGAGGAGCCCCCAGUCAAUCCGGAGGUGAUUCGGUCUUGGGAGUCUGACGCUAACAAGGGCUCCGAGGAGCAUCAGCUGAAGCUGGGAAAACACUUCCUGUCUCUGGCCGACUCGGAUAUAGAGAGGGACCGCAAUGCAGGCCUGGCUCUUGAUUGGCUGCUUCGAGCCUCCAAACAGGGUAGUGAGGAGGCAACAGAACUGCUGCAGAGUUGUGUCAACAGGAGUCUGCCUGGCAUCAAUGAGAAGGAUGCCAAUGACAUCACAUGGUGCCUGAAGACGUCGUCCUAUGAGAAGAAGAUCCGCUACGCGGCUCGCAGCUUGUUCCAGAGAAUCAACACGACACACAAGGAGGCUCUCUCGAAGGAUGAGUACAUGGACGCCAUUAAAGGCGUCACUGGGAAGGUGAAGGAGCAGAGGCUGCUGAUGGCUGCAGGUAGGAAAAUCGGCAAAGAAAUAUCUGAGAAUGAAUUUGUGAAGAUGCUUUCGAAGAAAAUUCAAGGGACCGUGACCUUGACUACAGAGGAGCUAGCCGACACCAACGUGUCAUACGAAUCGGCCGGAUAUGUGACAAAGAUUUACCGCUACCCCCGACAGACCUUUUCUUCCGUGAUGGACCAGGCAUUGGAAUACUCCUCCCAGGAGGGGCUGAACUGGGUUGUGUCCCUCAUCCCCACCAAUCAGCUGUACGUCCUCGGCCUGCUCUUUGUCUACAGCUUCAUCACUCCUGACUUCAUGUUUUUCUUCAUCCCGCUCUUCAUCUUCUACCUCUCCUUCGCUGCCAUCAUCGUCUGCACCUUGCAGAUGUUCUACAAGAAGAAGAAGCAGAACGAUGCUGCAACUCUGGCUGGUGUUCUCAAAGAACUCGACGUGACCAUCGAUCUCGACAAAACGGAGUCUCAGUUCACCUGGAACUCACUCACUCCUUACAUCGUCUUCUUUUGCAACCUGCCGCUCGUUAUCGCGAGUUUCUCGCUUUGCAACAAAUCCUACGUUCCUUGUGCCGAGAUUACAGUCAUUUCCUUCGUCAUGACCGGAUUAUGUUUCUUCAGCCUCAGCGACCACCAUGACAAGCUGACCUUCUUCGCGCUGUUCGCCAACCUGCUGUCCUCACUCCCCGUGUUUCUACACAACUUCCCAUCAGUGCCGUUACUUAAACAGAUUAUCGGGUUCCUCACAGAUCCAUUCAUCGCUUUGGACACUGGUGUGGGUAUUACCUUUAAUGUCAGUAUUCCUUCAGUAGCAUAUGCAAUAAUCCCCUUGUUCUUUGUUCGAAUGGCCACUCGGAAGUCGUGGGAAGGAACAUACCGAGUCCUAAUCCCCCAUCUUGUCUGUUAUUUCUGGUUUAACAUCCUGACCUCGACCUUCCCUUUCACCUCCUGGGUGGGGCUAGCUCGGGCCACCAUUGGCUACAUGCUUCUCCCUGUGCUAGUCCCACUCAGCCUCGUCGGAGUUGCUGUGAUGUUCAUCUUCGCCGUCUACAAAGCCUUCCAGACAGAGAUGCUUGGGAAGAUGGUUGUGACUGUUGUCCUUCUUGCUAUACCGAUUCUCAUGACCCAGACCAAGAAAAUCUUCGGAAAAAAAUUUGAUGCUAAGUUUGGAAUUGCCAAAAAGGUCGUCAUGGUUGUUUUCGCCAUUCUAGCUUUGGUGCCACUGAUUUUUGUCAGAAUUCCUGCAUGGAAGAAAGAGGUUCCUGUUGAACUGUCGUACGAAAAUUACACUUCUUUAUGUUUCCGAGAAAAAGUGGUAAAUGAUGUCCCGCAGCAAAUUACUUGCAGCCAUCUCAUUGGUACAAAAAUUACAUGGACUGGAACGGUUGAAGGUGUGACCGUUGUAAAAAUUGAGAAUACAGCCGAAAGCGUCAUUGGCACUCUUCCCUCUUUCGUAGCGAAGCCUUUAUAUUGCAUGUAUGGGCAGCCAUUCCCGCAGUGUGACCGGAAACUGCUCAGUAAGAAGGGUUACAGUUUUUGCGUUAUCAUGCGUGGACUCGGACAUUCAUGCCAUGUUAAGAACCACAAUGUGUACACUUUCGAAAUUCUCAUGCUUACUGGGGAUCAGAACAUCAAAAUAGAAGCUGGCGAUAAUUUCAAGGAAACGGUUCUUGCUCUGGAGAUCGGGGACGUGGUGCAGUAUAGAGGGGCACUGACAGAUAACCUCGGAGGAACUGUCCCCAAAUUAAAACUGUCUUCUUUGAAAGCAACCAAUCGCACGCUGCCAAUCAUGAUGCAUGUUGACGAGGAUGACGACAAGUACAUGUCCGCUGUUCAGGAAGCAAUUGCCGUUACUUUCAACUUCCUCUGGUUUCCGCUGCUGGAGUUUUCUACCAAGUAACCAUGGCAAUAAAAUUUUAUCAGUAAUAAAUGGAUUGGAUAUGAACAUUUAGUUUAUGAGCUUGUAAAUGAUGUUUUCAAUUCGAUGCAUAAUUCUACAAGAAUGGUUAGGGUUGUGAAUAGAAUUUGUUAGAAUUAUUCUAAAAAUGUAUUGCAUGCAUAAAUCUUUAUGAUGUUUAUGUGCAUGUUUGCAUAUUUACUAUGUUUGCUAUAUUGGUCGAUUUGACAAUUGUUUUGUCGUGGAUGAUAUCAAAGUAAAAAUUAAGAAUAUUUAAAAAAUAUUAACAUAUAUAGGGAAAAGUCUUUUUAUGAUCAUUUUCACAAGCUUUGAGAUUUUUAAAAAAGUAUGAAUUUUGUUAAAAUAAAUAGUUAUUACUUUGAUGUUCAAUCCCUAUAUUAUAGCUCCAGGUAAGUUGUGUAUUCGUAUAAAUACCGUAGUCGACAUGAUAAGCGCCCAGGGUGCUCUCAAAAUUAGAAAUAGAAGGCUCGUAUUAGAAUAAAAUUUUGGUGAAAAAAAAACAGAGUUGAAAGAUCGUAAAUUUAGUGGUUUAUGCUGACA